AUGGCACCUUCGCGGUCAGACCUCGAGAACAUCAUUACACCGUGGAAAAAGCCUCCUCACAAAAAUUAUGUCUUCAGUUCCGCGAAUGUGAUUGAUCCAAUUACUGGCAAUGUAAUCGAGAAUGCGACUCUUCGGCUCAGAAACGGGAUUGUCUCCUCAAUCUCGGGACCUGAACAUAGCGAGGACGAUGACAUGGCGGCGAUUCGAAUUGAUUUGCGGAACAAAUACAUCUGUCCCGGCCUGAUAGAUUGUCAUGUCCACCUAUCGGCUGUUCCCGGUGCGAGUACUCUUCAUGAAAUGAAAGGCCUCAGCGCUCCUCUCGGCUUACUGAGGCAGCCACAUGUGUGCCAGUCAAUGCUUGAUCGUGGAUUUACAACAGUCCGUGACUGUGGGGGUGCAACUUUGGCACUCAAGCAAUCCAUUCAAGAGGAUAUUAUCGCUGGACCUAGGCUUUUCAUUGCAGGCCAUGCCCUUUCUCAAACUGGUGGCCAUGCAGACUCGCGCGGUCCGCAUGAUGCUUCUGAGUGCUGCGGUGGUCACCUCCUUGGUAUAGGACGUAUUGUGGAUGGCACAGAACAAUGUCUCAAGUUUGCUCGGGAAGAGCUUCGCCAGGGAUCCGAUUUCAUCAAAAUCAUGGGGGGCGGAGGGGUCGCUAGCCCUACUGAUCGAAUCGAUCAUCAACAGUUCUCUCCCGAGGAGAUAAGGGCCAUUGUGACGGUAGCAGAGAAUGCUGGAACAUAUGUCACUUCUCAUGCCUAUACACCUAAAGCCAUUCAAGGUGCUAUCAAUCAAGGCGUGCGAGGCAUUGAACAUGGUAAUCUUAUCGACGAAUCAACUGCACGACUUAUGGCAGAAAAGGGCGUUUUCCUUACGCCGACUCUCGUUACGUAUGCUACUAUGGCAUCUCCAGAAUUUGCCGGAUUUCUACCCCCGGCCUCUGCUAGAAAAAAUAAGGAGGUAUUGGAGAAAGGGCUCCACGCCAUCCAGGUGGCAAAAAGGGCUGGGGUCACUAUAUGCUUCGGUACUGAUCUUCUUGGGCCUUUACACUUUGCUCAGAGUCGAGAAUUCCGCCUUCGAAGCAGUGUACAGAGUGCGUUGGAAAUUCUGCAAAGCGCCACCAUCAAUGCAGCGCGAAUGCUUCGGCAGGAGAACUUCCUAGGACAGGUUGCACCAGGUUUUGCUGCUGAUCUACUGAUUUUGAACAAAAAUCCUUUAGAGGAUAUCACCGUCUUGGAUCAACCCGAGCAUCAUGUACUCGCAACUUUCAAGGAUGGUCGGGUGGUCACUUCUCGCUGGUCUAAGCUCGCUGUGGAAGAGAAAACCAUGGCACAGAUUGAGUAG